CACAGGAAACCGGGACAGACGGCAGCGCUGCUCCCCUUGCUCACCCGAGCGUGUCCUGCACUCGGAACCCUUUCCUCCGCGCCAGCUGCGUGAGGAAGGCGCGCCGGCUCGACCCCAUUCUGCGCUCCAGGAGAAAGAUCUCAACGCCGGGGAAGCGGUUCACGGGAGCCCGCUCCUGGACCCCCGCGAUCGGAGCAGCGCCUCCGUCCUUCCGUCUGCGCUUUAGGGGAACCAUCGCCCGGCACCUACAGCUCGGUGUCCCGCCAGCCCCGCCCAGAAGAGUAGACACCGGCAGCGAUAAGGGAUGGCCCGCGGACGAGUUUGACGAUGACGGCGAGGACACUUACGAAGCGCCCCCCUGCGAGCGCAUGAAACUACCGCCCCCCCGGCAACAAGAGGAGGAGGAUGUGUACCUGGAGAGGACAUCUUCGAACCCUGGUAACCCCCCCCCACAGAUCCCUGCCCCCAGACCUGUCAAGAACUCGAGGUGGGUGCCGGAGAUUGAAGAGCAGUACUUCAACCCCGGCGCCAAGAAACCUCCGCAGAUCAAUCGGGAAGCGAAGCCCGGGAACGCUAUGAAAGCCCCGCCCCCAAAGAGAGACCCCGCCCCCGGCCGCCUGCCCCCCCGCAGACCAGCCCCCGCAGCCCAGCCAGAGGAAGACGUCUACCUGGAUCCCAACGAAGGGCAGGGGGAUGGUGAUGAGGAGCUGUAUCUGGAACCCAACACCGCCUGCCCCCCCAGCCCACGGAACGCAGCCAAACUGGGGGUGACCCCCCCCUCGCCGGGACCCUGCAGCUAUAGGAACCCCCUACCAAAGCCUCCAUUGCCUCGGUCGAAAUCAAAACUGGAAUCCCAGCUUGACGCAGCCAAUCCGACGUCAGUGAGGUCAUCUCUGUCCAGUGGUCCCGAGGGCUGUGACUGGUUUGCUGGUUCCUGUGAUCGCAAGAUGGCCGAGUCUCUGCUCUACAAGAUAAACAAGGACGGCUCGUUCCUGGUGCGUCUCAGCUCGGCUCAGGGUUCGAAGCAGCCCUACACUCUGGUGGUUCUGUACAAACACAAAGUCUACAACAUCCCCGUGCGUUACCUGGAGACCAGCCGGCAGUACGCACUGGGGAAGGAGGGCAAGAAAUCAGAGGAGCUUUUCUCCAGUCUCUGUGACAUCAUCGAUCACCACAGGAAGAACCCUCUCCUCCUGAUUGACAGCAAGAGCAACACCAAGUACAGCAGCUUCCUGACUCACGCGGCGCGGGCCUGAGCGGACAGGGAGAGACCGCGGAGCUCUAGAGACGCACACAAUCACUGGAAGUGAUGAGAAGCACCAGGACGGAGCCCGAACACUAAACACAGCAGCUGCAGCUCUCUCACCCUCACCCUCGCACGCAUGCAUUACUGAAAACAGCAGAAACGAAAAGUAGCUUUGGACACAUCAUAAAUAUAUUUUUCAUGGCAAUUUUUUUUUUUUUUGUUAAUUUAUAUGUGGGGAAAAAUGAAUGAAAUAUCAGAAAACUCUGGGGCUCGGCAAGUUCCUAAAUCUGUAAUAAUUCUUAUUGUUAUUUUCAAGUUCUUGUUAUUUAUUUAAAGCAACGAUACGUAUUAUUUUUAUUUCUGAUGCUGACUUUUCUUGCGGUGUGUAACUUAUUAUAAACGAUUAAAAAGUGUAAUUAAACAAA